AUGCACCUGUGCUCAUACACUGCUCUUAAACCAUUCUUCACGAUAGCUAUCAACGUUCGAAUAAAUUGUAUUGAUUCGUAUCAAUACUUUGAUGGGGAACGUCGGGUACCGGUGAUUCGCGUCUUUGGUCCAUCGGAUCAAGGACUCAAUUGCGUUGCCCACAUUCGUGGUGUGUUUCCGUACUUUUUUGUCGAAUGCAAAAGCCACCAGAUCAAUGAAAGCGAGAAGAACUUAGAGGACCUGAUAAACAAUGCCAUGGCCCACCUCUUUGGAAGAAACCCUGGUGAUCCUAGUUCUAUCUUUGUUGCCAAAAUAGAGACUUGCAAGGGCGUGCCGUUCUAUGGAUACAAUGUGGGGUGGCAGCUGUUCCAUAAAGUGUCUCUUUUGAAUCCUGCGUUUGUUACUAAAUGCGCUGAUCUCUUGGUUUCUGGAAAAGCAGCCGGCUACCCAAUACAAACAUUUGAGUCUCACAUUCCAUAUAUACUGGCAUUCUUGGCGGACUACAACUUGAGUGGCUGUGGAUGGAUGCAGAUCGGAGAGUAUAAAACACGAAAGCCCGAAAAAACAGAUGGUCAAGUACCACGCAGCAUCGAAAUUGAUGUGAAUUGCCUGGAUAUUCUCGAUAGAAAGAGUCUCUAUGAAGAGAAUGUCCACCAAACGAUGGAUCUACAACGGUCAGCUACGGUAAGAAUCGGCAGUUUAAGAGAGAUACGUACAAAGGAUAACGAGCGAAGGGCAGCUAUUGGUGCUAAAGAAUACGAAAAGAUCGAAACCCCCUUCGACGGCCAAGAAGCAGAGUGGGAAAUGACAGCCGAUUACCUGCCAAAGCUAGAACAGAGAAUUGCUCAGUCAACUUCUUUGUUUGUAGGCACUCUAUCGAAAGAGGCAUUCGUUGAGCGUAAUUUGAAUGAUUACCCUGAUAUUCACACAGCAUUUGAACUGGUUGGUCCUAUAACGUCACCGGCUUCAAAGCCAGAUACUACUCCAAUAAGUACGGUAAAAAGCAACUCAGGAUCUCAGAUUCCACUAAAGAAAGCAGAGUACAGCAGUCAGGUAUCACAGCCGGAUUAUCGGUUGAAUCUCUUGUCUUUUUCCCAGGAUAAUCAGGAGCAAUAUACAAGCAAUGCCGCAAACGCACUAGCUGCAAAGUUUGAUAGACUGUCCAGUGAAUCGAGAUCUUCAAUUUCAGCUGUUUUAAACCGGACGCAUUGCUUCAUACUGAGCUCUGUUCCACCUAGUCGCAAAGAUGUUGAAGCAACUCUAGGAAUUUCAGAGUACCGGGCCCCUUUUUAUGGCAACAAACAGGAUAUACCGUUGUUUCCUCUGACGUUUGGAGGAAAAGAAUACAAAUUGAAAGGCAUUGAUGCACUUUCCCUACCCCGUUUCGCAGUGAGCCCAAGCGUGCAGUUUAACCCUCUGCAUGUUUUUGUUGAGAAUUAUCAGUUUACAGACAGUUUAACGAGAUUCCAACUGUCGAGAGCUCCUCCAACCAGAAAAAAAGUGGAGGAUUGGUAUCAAACCGACCACAAAACGAGUACAACUGAAGUCUUUAAAAUACCUUCUCUGCGGAAAAUGAGCCCCCUCGUCGACGAGGCAAUGUCUGUUUUAUCAGUAGAGAUCCACGUUGAAACCAGAGAAGGGAAGGCCCCGCUUGCUUCAGAGGACCCAGUUGUUGCCAUAUUUUGGGAAGUUUCAAGUCCUUUCAGGUUAGAUCCAGGUGCACCAACGGCUGGUGUGACAACUUGGACUCCAAUUCCAGACGUCGCUGGAAAGUUUAUCCAGCUGGUUGACGACGAAAUGUCGCUUUUAAAGGAAUUUGUGCGCAUGGUUAUUUAUUUUGAUCCGGACAUCAUUGUCGGAUAUGAGGCUCAGUCAAGGUCUCUGGGUUACCUUUGCCAGCGGGCCAAAGUCUUGGGAAUGGAUAUGGAAGUAGACUUGGGCAGAUGUAACUCGGGAAAUGGCUGGAAGCCUCCUACAACAGAGAUAUCGAUUGUAGGUCGCCACAUUCUAAGCUUGUGGAAAGUCCUCCGUCGGGAGAUUACUCUCGGAAAGUAUACUUUAGAGCACGUCGUUUACCACUCUUUGCAUGAGCGAACACCGCACUAUGCGUUUGAUGAUCUCACAAAGUGGUGGAAAGGUGAUAUGGUCGAGAUUGAAACAUUGAUAAAUUAUUAUCUCGGGCGCACAAAAUACAAUCUCCGCCUCCUCGCCCAUUUCGAAGUCGUUCCCAGGUAUGCUGCGCAUGCCAGAGUUACAGGACUUGACUUCAAAUCAGGAAUGACGAGAGGCUCUCAAUUUCAUGUUGAGUCUGUGCUUUGUCGAUUGGCUAAACGUGAGAACUUCAUAAUGGUCUCUCCCUCCCGCUCACAGGUAGGCAAGCAGAAUGCUCUGGAGGUGAUUCCUCUGGUCAUGGAGCCUAUGACGGACUUUUAUAUCGAUCCCGUCUGUGUUCUGGAUUUCAGAUCAUUAUACCCUUCGAUUGUGAUUGCGUACAACCUGUGCUACUCUACAGCCAUCGGCAGAACCGAGCUUUGGCGCGACAGAAACAAGCUGGGGAUCCUCGAAGAUUUCAAAAUGCCACAUGGCCUUUUAGGACUAUUGAAGGACGAUAUAUUUUUAGCGCCUAACGGUGUUGGGUACGUUAAGCAGAAUGUGCGGCGAUCGAUGUUGGCCAUUAUGCUGGAGGAGUUGUUGGACCACCGGUUUUUGUUAAAAGAUAGCAUGAAGUUUCAUGAGGAUGAUCAAAGGUAUCGAACAAAUUUAAAUAACCAGCAACUGGCUCUGAAGUUUAUUGCCAAUGUCACUUAUGGAUAUACAUCAGCAUCGUUCUCUGGCCGUAUGCCAUGUGCUGAACUAGCAGACAGCAUUGUGAUGAUUGGUCGCGAAAUACUGGGCCGGGCGAUUGAUUCAAUUGAGAGUUGUAAGAAAUGGGGUGUCGAGCCCAAAGUGGUUUAUGGCGAUACCGACAGUUUGUUUGUACAGAUCCCCAAGGUCACAAGGACUCAGGCAUUCGCUAUAGGCAGGGAAAUCGCCGAUAUGGUGACGGCUUCAAAUCCCGACCCUAUUCUUUUAAAGCUCGAAAAAGUUUACCAUCCAUGUAUUCUCUUGACAAAAAAGCGGUACGUUGGAUAUAGUUACGAAAAAGAGUCUACUGUGGAGCCUUUCUUUGAUGCGAAAGGUACGGAAACCAUUCGUAGAGAUACGACCCCGAUUGUCCAAAAGCUCGAGAAAAGGGCAUUGGAGCUCUUAUUUCAAACUAGUGACCUGUCAAAAGUCAAGCAGUACCUCCAAAACCAAUGGCGUAAAAUAUUGUCGGGUAAAAUCUCGAUCCAAGAUUUUUGCUUUGCUCAACAAGUCAAGCUAGGAUCAUACAAAGAAGGUUCAAGUAAUCUACCGGGGGGCGCGGUGGUAAGCCUGAAGCGUAUGGCCAAAGAUGAAGGUGCGGGUCCGCAAUAUUUAGAGCGAGUUCCGUUCGUUGUUACAGCAGGACCUGCCAACAGCCGGAUCGCCGAUAGAUGCUGUGACCCAGAGGAGGCUGUUAGCAACCCUGAUCUGAUUAUCGACGCUGAUUAUUACAUUAAUCAAGCAAUCAUCCCUCCUCUAGAGCGAUUGUUCAACAUUUUCGGGGCUAACGUCAAAGCAUGGUUCGCAGAGAUGCCUCGACCCAUGCGGAUUCACCAGGGCAAAAGCCAUGGUGAAACUCUGCGCUACUACAUGAAAAACAGCAUUUGUCCUGUGUGCUUGGAACGCAGCGAGCAGGGAGUAUGUGACGCGAUCUCAAAUGCAGCAGCAGCGCUAUCAUCGUUUAACAAGGAUCUGCCAGCUAUGCAGUGGCCGAAUGGGUCCGAAAUUCUGUCGAUCACUGGAUUGCCCAGUGUAUUAUGA